UUCAGCUGUAAUAGCAAGACUUAAAUGCACGUAAAAUAUAUUAAUACAUAUAACAAUAACAAUCGAGGGAAUAAAAGGUGGAUCAUGGAUUCCCAGGCCAUGUGCCGAAUAUGCCGCGAAUUCAUAUGCUGUGCCACAACUCAACAACUUAUUGUGGAAGGAACUGAUUUUUUGAAACUCCGACAUCGGAUCGAGUUACUGACAGGUGUAUGGAUGGAAAAUCUAUCCAAUGUGCCACAGCGUAUUUGUACUUCCUGUAGAUUUGAUUUGGACCAGGCCGUGGCCUUUCGGGAACGAUGUAUAAGCACUGAAGUGCGAUUGUCCAAAAAUAUUGAGUUAAUUUCGGGAGAAAUUCAAAUAAGUACAACCAGACAUAGGAAACAGCAACUUUUAUGUAAACCAUUGAUAUUUAAUUCAUCUGCAGAAACAUUUAGUUGCAUGUGCAGAAUUUGCGGCGAAUUCAUAUUCAGUGGCACAGCGAAGGACAUUUUUAAAGAUGAAUCUAAUUUUACUAUACCCCGCAUCGAAUUAUUGACUGGCCUAUGGCUGCGCGAUUUACCCAAUAUGCCACGGUAUAUUUGUAUACCCUGCAGUUUCGAUUUGGAUCAAGCGGUUACCUUUCGGGAACGAUGUUUGAGUGCGCAAUUGCGAUUCUUCAAAUGGGAAAGGACAUGCCCGAAAGAUAUCUGUGAUCUCAAAUGUAUGGUGGAUGAGAGGGAACCAUGUGGUAAUAGCAGCGAGUGUAAUAACACUAACAAAAACACUUGCAAUAUAAAAUCAUCGCACUCGACGGAGCUUACAGAAGAGCAUUCAUACAAGUGUGAACUGUGUAACAAUAUAUUUUCGCACAUCGAUCAAUUAGAGAGGCACGUAUGUUCGCCGAAACAUCAAGCUAAACUGUGGCCCAACCUGACAAAUGACCAGACACUGGAUCAUAAGGUGUAUGAAGAAAAAAAACCAUUCAAGUGCGAAUUGUGUGACAGAAUAUUUCCAACAAUCGGAGGCUUAAGAAGACAUGAAAGUUCGGUGCCACAUCGAAAUAAACUCAGCAAAACUUUAGAUGCUUCGCAGGUGGAACGUUCCUUCCAGUGCUUUUUUUGUGAUAAGAAAUUUGUAACAUCAUCAAACCGCACAGUGCACCACAGAGUCCAUACAGGAGAUCGUCCAUACAAGUGCGAAGUAUGCAAUUCCUCAUUUAAGCGAAAUCAUCAUUUGAGGAGACACGAACGCAGACUGGAGCAUAAAAAGAUGAUAAUGAUGGCGAAUGGCACUACAAGUGAUAUUAAUGGAACUUUAUAACAAGUAAUGAUAAGGAAAGCAUAGAUGUUGAAACAGGUGAAGAAGCUCGGCGGUCCCGACAUUAAAAUACUCUGUACAUACAUACAUAUGUAUACAUUUGAAACUUAUUGAGUGAAAAAAGCGGGUUAUUUUCGUAAAAAGCGUGAUAUAGUUAAGAAAAAUUUGUAUAAUCACAAGUUUUUAAA